AAACCGAGGCCCAGUCCCUCCAUCUCAAAAAUUUCAAGACUCAUGCUUGCCUUCUAAGCACGACUAGUUUGUUAGCUGAUAUCUCAUCAUCUCCUCCGAUCCUUCCUUUGAGCCUCUCUCUCUACAGUAGUCAACAUAAGCUCUGUGCUUAGUAGACUGCACACCAUUGUUUUAUCGCCAUGCCGAUCGCCAGCAGUAGACUGCCAAAUCUUCCAGCUGGGUUCCGGUUCCACCCCACAGAUGAGGAGCUCAUCGUCCACUACCUCAUGAACCAAGCUUCCUCCCUCCCAUGCCCUGUCCCCAUCAUCGCCGAGGUCAACAUCUACCAGUGCAACCCGUGGGAUCUUCCUGGUAGUUUAAUUACACUAGCUGAAUUAUAUUCUGACAGCAGCAACCCAAUCAUAGUCUAUACUAAUAAAGUUCAGUUUCUGAACCUAACAAAAUUUUCCCCAUAUAUGUUUGCCUUUCGUUUGUUUCCAGCCAAAGCUUUGUUUGGAGAGAACGAGUGGUACUUCUUCAGCCCGAGGGAUCGCAAGUACCCGAAUGGCGCCCGCCCCAACCGUGCCGCCGGAUCAGGCUACUGGAAGGCCACCGGCACCGACAAGGCCAUCCUGUCGACUCCGACGAGCGAGAACAUCGGAGUGAAGAAGGCCCUUGUGUUCUAUGGGGGUAAGCCUCCCAAGGGCACCAAGACAGACUGGAUCAUGCACGAGUACCGCCUCACAGGAGCCAACAAGACCACGAAACGUAGAGGAUCAUCCAUGAGGUUGGACGACUGGGUCCUCUGCAGGAUCUACAAGAAGAGCAACAAUUUCCAGUUCAGUGAUCCGGACCAGGAGGGCUCGACCGUGGAGGAAGAAUCCUUGAACAACAACAUGAACAGCACAAGUGCAGCCUCGCCCAAGUCUGACGCCAAUGAUCAUAAUGAUGAUCAGUUCCAAUUCCAACCGACGACCAUGAGCAUGAGCAAGUCAUACUCGAUCACCGAUCUCCUCAACACCAUCGACUACUCGGCGCUCUCGCAGCUCCUCGAUGCCCCAGCUGCAGCUGAGCCACCGCUAAUCUACCCAACAACAACACAAACACACCAAUCACUUAACUAUAACAACAACGUGAUGAACAAUAACAGCCACUUCAAUCUGCCACAAGCAGCAGACGCAUGUCCAGAUUACGUUGCGCCUAAUAACUGCAACGGUCUGAAGAGGAAGCGAGUGAUGACCACGGACGGUGCUGAAUCCUCCUUCGAUGAUGGCAGCAGAAAAUUACUGAAGCUGCUGCCAAGUGAUUCAAGGAGCAGCGGCCACAGCCAUUUUGUUGGCAGCACGAGCAGCUACUGCAACCAGCAGCUUGUGGACACGAGUGGCUUUCAGUGCAGCAGCCUGCUGAGCUAUCCAUUCAUCGAGAUGCAGUAGCGUCGAUCUGUGUGCUACUAUUGCAACCAGCGAGAUCUUGGUGUGAAUUCAUACCACGGAAACUUCACUGGGUCAAACAAACAGAGCUGAUGGAAAAAUUCAUACUGGAUUGUUCCUGCUUGUGACCGGAAAAAUUCAAAAUUGCUCAAGCAUUUCGUUUUCAUUUUCAUUUAAAAGGUUGUAAAUUAGGGCCAGGUGUACGUACUACUGAAAGUCACGUGUGGAUGGGAUCAAUGAAGAAGCUAAGGAUGACCACGUUUCUUGUAC